CCGUUCUCAGGGGGAAAAGGUCUCCACUUUCAACGAGAGAGGGAGACAGAAGAAGGAGCGAGCAGACAGAUUGAAGAAGCGAAUGGCUCGACAAGCCGCAGCGAAGCUGAUCGGCUCGAUCGCAUCCGAGAAGCCGUCCUCUCUUUUUGGAUUGGCCUCUCAGGCGCGCAAGUACGCCGCCGCCGUCGCUCCGCCUCCGCCGGCGGUGUUCGUCGACAAGAACACUCGGGUGAUAUGUCAGGGCAUCACCGGGAAGAACGGCACCUUCCAUACCGAGCAGGCCAUCGAGUAUGGCACCAAAAUGGUAGGAGGUGUGACACCAAAGAAGGGCGGAACCGAGCAUUUGGGGCUUCCUGUUUUCAACUCGGUUGCCGAGGCGAAGGCCGAGACUAAGGCCAAUGCUUCCGUCGUUUAUGUUCCUCCGCCUUUUGCUGCUGCUGCUAUCAUGGAAGCUAUGGAAGCUGAGUUGGACCUCGUCGUGUGCAUAACGGAGGGGAUUCCUCAACAUGACAUGGUGAAGGUCAAGGCAGCGCUGAACAGGCAGUCCAAGACUCGAUUAAUUGGCCCAAACUGCCCUGGUAUAAUCAAGCCUGGGGAAUGUAAAAUUGGCAUCAUGCCAGGUUACAUCCACAAGCCCGGGCGUGUGGGAAUCGUUUCUCGUUCUGGUACCUUGACAUAUGAGGCAGUUUUCCAAACAACUGCAGUUGGUCUUGGACAAUCCACAUGUGUAGGCAUCGGAGGGGACCCUUUCAAUGGUACAAACUUUGUUGAUUGCAUCGAGAGGUUCCUUGUGGAUCCCCAGACAGAAGGGAUAGUUCUAAUUGGUGAAAUCGGAGGGACAGCAGAAGAGGAUGCUGCUGCAUUAAUUAAGGAAAGCAAGACCGAAAAGCCUGUUGUUGCAUUUAUCGCUGGACUGACCGCUCCUCCUGGUCGUCGUAUGGGACAUGCUGGAGCUAUCGUGUCGGGAGGGAAAGGCACAGCUCAGGACAAAAUCAAGACCCUCAGAGAAGCCGGGGUUACCGUGGUAGAAUCACCUGCCAAAAUUGGUGCUGCAAUGUUCGACGUUUUCAAGCAGAGAGGCCUUGUUUAGUUAGUGCAAGAGACUCUUCCGGCGAUCCUCUCUGGUCUUUUCUUUCUUGCAUGAUUUUUUGGAGCAUCGCUCAAUGCGAUUGACAUCAAGGCUUGCGGUAGGGUUGGUUCAUGAAAGCUCGUCGAAUUUAUUUACUUGGGAUGGUUUGCUCAUUGUAAUAAACUUGAGCACAACAAUUUCGUCAAAAACCAUGCAACCGGAAUCUUCAGUAGAGGGAUUACCGUCUCUGAAGUUUUGAGUCUUCAUGGGAAAUGUACGGAUAAUAACUCUUACGUGACACGGCUAUUCGAGAAUAUCAUAGAACCCUACUUUAGCCGA